GGUCAUGAUGUUCUUUGUUUAAACUUGGUGAAGUAUUAAUGAGUUUGGCAAGAAGAUUUGAAAACUUGAAUGUGUGUGAUCUGACUCAGGUUGAGCGUGACCGAGCCACACUGAUACAACAGACCAUCAGGCAGCUUAACACGCAGUUUGGCCGUCGUGGGCCCAGGUCUCGCCCCAUGACUAUACAUCGUGUGAAGGUCACAUUCAAGGAUGAACCAGGCGAGGGCAGUGGGGUAGCAAGGAGCUUUUACACUGCAGUAGGAGAAGCGUUCUUAUCUGGAGAAAAACUACCUGCUCUGGAACCCAGCAGAAGCAUAGUUCAUCGCAGUAAACGAGUCCCAAGUUAUCGUUGCAAGCGUGAUCGUGAACGUGAACGUGACGUGAGAAGACAGCUGUCAGCUGAUGCUCGAGCAUUCCACUUCAGUGGUAGCAGCAGCGCUGAUGGAGAGGACGCUGAUGGUGAUUCACUGCCGUACCACAGGAAGUCCUUGGGAGAGAGGCUCUAUCCACGUGUACACGCCUUGCAGCCUUCACUUGCUAGCAAGAUCACAGGCAUGUUACUGGAGCUAUCUCCAGCCCAGUUACUGCUGCUUUUAGCCAGUGAAGACACCUUAAGACAAAGAGUUGAGGAAGCUGUGGAGCUUCUUCUUGUAUCUGGCAAGAAACCAAUAAAGGAUGCAGAUGAUGACUCCCUUAGCCCUGGUGGGGAUCUUGAUGAUUCUGAAGAUGACAGUUCUCCAUUGUUCCACCAACCCGGCAAGACUGGCUUUUACUCCCCACGGCCCGGAAAGUGUACAGAGGAAAGACUUAACUGCUUCAGGAAUGUCAGCAGGUAUGCUGUCAUUGUAAUAUAACUUGUAUGAUUCAUUUGCUUGUCAUGAUGGUAUUAUCU